AUGGAAGACUUCGAUUGGAUAUGGCCCGCCUGGAAAUUCGAUUUAAAGAUGGACGAUGAAUUCAAACAGCUGCACGAGCAGUACAACACGUUCCCAUCUUCAAUUCAGGACGCCCGGGCAUUUCAUCACGACCUUUUGGAAAUAUCAUCCAAUGCAACCACAAUCGAAGGGUUCUACAGAGCUAUGGCUGAUCGAAAACAACGACGUCUCGACGAACUGAACGACUCAUUGGGAUCAGUGAGCGUUGAGAUCGUCGCCAACCCUAGCCUCAUGGCAGCCGCACAAUGGGAGCAUGCUGUCCAGCUUUUCCGCACAGGAUCUCUAGAUUCCCUCGUCAUCUACUUCACAUCAUACCUUGCUAGUGUUGAAAGGUUACCCCAUGGUACAUCGCAUCGUCAGUAG